AGAUGCUUUCAAAUCUCAUUAACCUCCGAAGGCACAGCAUGAAUGAACCUUCUUUUAUGCUCUCUUUUUAGGGAGAAGAAAAGAAGGAGAGUAGUGGAGCUGACUGAGAAGUUAGUGAUGAAUUGGUAGAACUGGCGGAAGGUUUGAGAUUACCAGGCAGGGGGAAGGUUAACGUCAGCUAUCUGAAGAAGCUAAUAUCUGACAUUGGUUUAUAAAGGGAGUACGGCGACUCUAGGCUAGGGUCAAGAAUACCAAGCAGUCGCUCGUGAGUAGCUAACACGCCUGUACGGUAAAACAUGGAUGGCGUCGUUCACCUGCGUGCAAAGAUGGUGGUCGAUGGAGGCAGUGGACGCACCUGUGAGUGGGACGGUCGGUGGAACCAUAUCAAAAAGUUUCUAGAAAGGUCGGGGCCCUUCACGCAUCCUGACUUUGAACCCAGCACAGAGUCAUUGCAGUUCAUGCUUGAAACCUGCAAAAUCCUCGUCAUUGGUGCUGGUGGUCUGGGAUGUGAGCUACUGAAAGACCUGGCUUUGUCAGGCUUUCGCAACAUUCAUGUUGUUGACAUGGACACCAUUGAUGUGUCAAACCUAAAUCGACAGUUUCUCUUCAGGCCGACCGAUGUAGGUCGACCCAAGGCGAACGUGGCAGCUGAUUUCGUCAACAACCGCAUACCUGGAUGCUGUGUAGUCCCACAUUUUAAGAAAAUUCAAGACAUAGAUGAGACAUUCUACAGACAAUUCCAUAUAAUUGUCUGUGGACUGGACUCUAUAGUUGCCAGGAGGUGGAUGAAUGGUAUGCUGCUGUCUUUGCUGGUGUUUGAGGAUGGUGUCUUAGACCCUAGUUCCAUCAUUCCUUUAAUUGAUGGUGGGACGGAAGGCUUUAAAGGCAACGCUAGAGUCAUCCUCCCUGGCAUGACUGCCUGCAUCGACUGUACCCUUGAGCUUUACCCUCCUCAGAUCAACUUCCCCAUGUGUACAAUAGCCUCCAUGCCUCGUUUGCCAGAACAUUGCAUUGAGUAUGUCCGGAUGCUGCUGUGGCCCAAAGAGACGCCCUUUGGAGAUGGUGUGGUCCUGGAUGGGGACGACCCAGAGCAUAUCCAGUGGGUGUACCAGAGAUCCCUGGAGAGGGCAGCAGACUUCAACAUAACAGGGGUCACAUACAGACUAACCCAGGGUGUUGUAAAGAGGAUCAUUCCUGCUGUAGCGUCGACAAAUGCUGUGAUAGCUGCUGCUUGCGCAACCGAGGUUUUCAAAAUAGCAUCAAGUGCCUACAUACCUCUCAACAACUACAUGGUCUUCAACGAUGUUGACGGCCUGUACACCUACACUUUUGAGGCAGAACGGAAGGAAAACUGUUCGGCCUGCAGCCAAGUACCUCUGGACUUGCACUUUUCCCCAUCUUCCAAACUCCAGGAGAUGUUGGACCACCUGACUGAGAGUGCCUCCCUACAAAUGAAAUCACCUGCUUUAACCGCAACAGUGGAAGGAAAGAACAAAACAUUAUAUUUACAGUCUGUAGCUUCAAUUGAACAGAGGACACGGCCAAAUCUGUCCAAAACCCUGAAGGAGCUGGGGCUGAGUGACGGACAAGAGCUGGCUGUAGCUGAUGCCACCACACCCCAAACCAUGUUGUUCAGACUCUGCUUUACCUCAUAGGAUGAACUCAAGCACUCACAACUAGUUGAUGUCAUUCUUGUUUCUUGGUCAACUCUGAAUGCAGCAUAUUUAAAAUGGCCUGAAAACUGGAACCGUUUACAGUGUAAAUUAGUGUAAUUUCAUUGUUUUAGUGUACUUAUUGACUAAUGUUUUGCACUGAAAAGCCACAAUCAUAGUUCAUACAUUGUCUUUUCUUUUGGUGAUACAUUACCUGCUAAUGUUGAGGAUUUCUGCUUUAAUGUGUGAUAUGCACUAUAACCUCAAGCAUUGCUACAUGCAAGCAAAGACACACACAAUGGUUACUUUGGUAAAUAUGAUGUACAUGUUCUGGUUUUGAAUAUUUAUUUAUCCCAACAGUUUUUUAGUUGCAGUAACCACUGAAGUGGUAAUUGGCAGACAAUAAUAAUGUGUGAACUGGAAUAAAAAAAAUGUUUUUCU